AUGCCCGGGAAUGCGCGCUACAUAGUACCGGGCAUAUCCAAUCUUUCAAGAUAUAUCCGUCAAGCCGGCACGCGCACGCACCGAACAUGGCGCAAUGCCCCCCGCACGAAAGAGCCUGGUCCGGGCAGAUGCGGCGGCCAGUUUACGCUCCAUCGCUGCUACAACACCAGCAUACCUACAUCCGACGUAUCCAGCCCGGCAGGCAACGGCAUCGUCGAGCGCGCCGUGCGUCUAUCCAUGGCGCCGCUCAACGGCAACGUCAAGCUGCAGUGCACCCGCUGCGACUCGGACGGCGCCGCAACCACCACGACUGUGAGCAAGGCCGCCGUCGCGAGCGAGUACGGCCUGAGCCCGCGCGACUUGCAAAUCAUUGACCUGCCGUCCCAAGGCUUCCCCCACAUUCUCGUCCGCGCGUCGACUAUCCUGUUCCACAUGUUUGACCUGCGUCUCCUGAUCCAGGCCGACAAGCUGCUGCUGUUCCACGUCGACGGGCUGGCCGACACGACCAUUUCGCAAGUCUUUACGUACAACCUGCAAGACAAGCUGCAGGGCCACCACGUGCUGCACCGAAAGAUGAACGAGGCGUUUGAGCUGCGCGCGCUCGAGGCGGCGCUCGCGGCCGUCGCGGCAGGGCUCGAGGCCGGGUACCUGCUGGUGCGGCGCGACGUGGGCGCGGCGCUGCGGGAGCUCGAUGCGCAGAUGGCGGACAAGGAGGAGGCGUCGGUGCACACGGGCUUGCGGGAGCUGCUCGACAUGGCACGGCGGCUCGCCGACAUUGAGCAGCAAGCGAGGCUGGUGCGCGGGGCGCUCGGGGAUCUGCUGCGCGAGGACCGCGACAUGGCGGACCUGUACCUGACGGACAGACGCAGCGGCCGUCGCCACGAGGCCGAUGAUCAUGAAGAGGUCGAGUACUUGUUUGAGGCCUACUUUCGGGCGCACGACGCCGUGGUGCAGGAGGCGUCGGCGCUCAUGGCCAACGUCCACCGUACUGCUGAUACGGUGCGGUCCAUCCUGGCCAACCGCCGCAACCAAAUCAUGAUAUUGGAGACAAAGGUGGAAAUCGCCAUGCUCGGCAUGGCGUCGGCCACGCUGGUCGCUGGGUGGUACGGCAUGAACACUGUCAACUUCCUCGAGGAAAGCCUGUCUGCGUUUGCCGUGAUUGUGUCUGGUUCUGUGCUGGGUGGUGGUGCCAUCUGGUGGUUCCUACUGCGAAAGUUGAGAAGCAUUAGGCGGAAGAAGAUGUAG